GAACGUGACAUACCUGAGUUUGUAAACAAACCUCCGAGUGGAGGUGGACAGUGUUCGGCGGCGAUUCCGAAAAUUAACCAAAAAAAUAUGCCACUUUUGACGUAGAGGAUUCACUUAUAUGACAACUGCCUACAGUUUUGUUUUGUUCGUAGAGCAACGGUAUAUGAAUUGGGUACACAAUGUUGGUACCAGUAUUUACCUUAAAUCUUAACCAGAAGAUCUUGCCAGCAAGAGUGACUAUUGGCAAAUAUGAUGGUGCUCAUGCGUGCCUUACUGCAUCAACUACUUCAGAUAAGGUGUUUAUACAUAAUCCAUAUCAACGGCUUGGCAUCUCAGGGGGUCGGAUGUCUAUAAGUCAGAGCAGCUCUGAAGUUUCAUUGCUUAACAUUAACCAGACAGUAUCAGCUGUCACUGCAGGACACCUUUCCCAGAGCAAGACAGGUGACAUACUUGUAGUGGGAACACCUACUAAUGUGUUGGCCUAUGAUGUCCAAAACAAUGCUGAUGUCUUCUACAAGGAU